AUCUCAGUAACCACGGUAACGCCAGCUUUAUGUAAAAUGGCUCCAAAGGCGUCAAACGGCCCUCGGAGUUCUUACUGUUUAGCUAAUCAAUGUUAAAAUAUUUGAUAAUGCCUUUUUAUUAGCAUGUUCGCAGACGAAGCCCUGGACACGGUGAGUGUCCAGUCACUGUGGAGGAAGUCUCACGAGGCGGCGCAGGAGUCGGUAAGUUUGGGCAGCACCGAGUCUGCCCCCACAGAACUCUGUUCCAUCUUUCAGGUCUUACUCAUCCAUUCCCUUCAACAUCCCGGCGCUAAAGAGAAAGGCCUGCAUGUCACUAGUGUUUCCUGGAGUUGUACUGGCUCAGUCAUUGCCUGUGCCUAUGGUCGGAUUGACAAUGGAGACUGGAGCAAUGAGAAGUCAUGUGUUUGCACCUGGAACCUGGACCGUCGAGGCCUGCAUCACAGUCAGGCGGACCUGGUCAUAGAUGUUCCUACUGCAGUCACAGCUUUGUGCUGUCAUCCCAACCAGCCUUCCCUCAUCGCAGGGGGUCUGUACAGUGGAGAAGUGGUGAUUUGGGACACCAGUCGGACUCAAGACUCUGUAGUGGCUCAAACUAGGUUGUCUGCAGACAGCCACAGAGACCCUGUUUACCAGGUUUCCUGGGUGCCUCUGCAGAAGAAGGGAGAGUUCGGGGUGCUCAGUGCCUGCUCGGGAGGAAGAGUGCUGCUGUGGACGGUUGGUUUUGAGCAAGGCAGUUUUGUCCAGAAAGCCGCCUAUGCCGUGCUACAACAGCAGGUUCCCCACAGCAGCAGCCGUUUCAAGGCCCGCAGCAACAGCACUGUAGGUAUCACGUCAAUGGCUCUGUCCCCAUGGGAUUCUGACACCUUCCUCGUGGGGUCUGAGGGAGGCCUGCUGCUCAGAUGCUCCUUCUCUUCUCAAACACUAGCUGCAACAGCCUUUGAGGGCCAGAAUGCAACACUAAGAGCCCCGGCAGUCUUCUCAUUUAGGCCCCGCAGCGGCCCUGUCCAUUCCAUACACUGCUCCCCCUUCCACAGGAACCUGUUUGUGAGUGGAUCAACUGAUGGUCUGGUCCACCUUCACUCGCUGCUGCAGGCCAGCCCACUGCUCUCUCUCAGAGUUUCAGACUCUUACAUUUUUCAGGUGCAGUGGUCACCAACCAGGCCGCUGGUUUUUGCUGCAGCCACUGGAAAAGGUGAAGUGCAGAUGUUCGACCUGAGCCACAGGUCACUGAGAGCAGCAGCUACAAUUGAGCAGGGAGAUGCGGACCAAGCUGCAACUUGUUUGGCCUUCAACUGUCAGAAACCUCACCUCUUGGCUGUUGGAAAAACUGAUGGGACAGUCAACAUUUGGCAGCUGAGUGCCGAUUUGAUGGAGCAGAGCCCCAGAGAGAUCAGCCAGUUGGAGAAAAUAGCCAAUCAAGUGGCAGAGUGACACGGAUUAGCAAGGACAGAGACUGCACCAGCCUGACACACUGACAACAACAGUUGUUCCAAGUCUGAAACAGAAAUAAAUCCAGAACAGCAGAUUCCAGUUUUAACCAGUAGCGUUUAUUAAAGCACACUGCAAAUGUUAAGGUGGUGUUACAUCAUUGUUGCAAGGUUCUUAAAUUUACUGAAAGCACAAGCUAAAAUGGCUAAAAACAAUCACAUUCACUACCAUGAGAAGCACAAAGAGUUAGGUCAGAGCGAGAUAAAUAGAGUACAGAGUUUUGGUAUUGGUGAGUAUUGCUAGUGCCACGAUCAUGCAGUUUCAGCUGUGUGUUCAUAUUGAAGUGUGUGUGGGAAACGCUUCCCGAUUGGUCACUGGCGGGGAAAGGAUCAGUUGACAAAGAGCGAGCGAGUGAAUUCGACAAAGUCGAAAGCUGACGGCAGCUCGCGGCCCUUGCUGUCGAGGUAGGGCUUCAUGUGUGACAGACAGUAGUCUGCCUGCUCUUUAGUCAGGUUCUGAAAGAAAGAAGGCAACAAUGAGACCACCACUGAUUACCUGAUACUGACACACUGAGCAGAACAUGUCUGACCUGGUAGAGCUCCUCUUUAGUGACGUAGGGUUUGUUUUCAGCGCUGAGGGCUCGGAAGGCGCUCUCGAUCUCCUCACUAGACUUGACGUUCUCAGUUUCACGGCUGAUCAUGAACGCCAUGUACUCCUGCAGCGACACGUUUCCAUCCCUGCAGACAGUUCUCACAGUCAGGAAACAUACUAGCUUUCCUCCUCAUAGGAAAGAGCAUAUGCUACAUUUAAAUGCUGCGCUAAUGAAGAACUGGAAAAGAUUUGAGAUCAAAUAAUGAUCCAAUAAUGAUGCCGAAGGAGACAGCGCUGUAAAGCAGAGUUUUCUAAUGUGUUUGCAUCCUGUUCGUAAGAGUGGUAACAUUACAGGUCUUGGAAAUUGAAACCUCAGCAGGGGACUGGAGGUCAGCUUGUGCUGGACACUAUAAUUGGUUAAUGUGAAGGUCUGUAACUCCUGCCAAGUUAAACUGGUAUCAUAAAAAUGAAGCAAACAUCCACUGAAGGAGACCUGUUCAGCAUGUCUGGCAGAGAAGAAAGAUUAAAACUGCAGUGCAACAAUUGUAAGAAGGUGAAUUUGCAGUGAGUGUGUGCUGUCUUCUAAGACACUGGUAAUUAAUAUGGAUUGGAUAAAUGAUCUCUAAACCCCACCCUGAAAUGCAACAGACCUAUUGGGAUCCACUGUGUCGAGUAUGGCCUCAAACUCAGGAUCAGGUUCUCCCUCUUCCACCAUGGGCAAAUCAUAGCCCAGUGAGCGGAGACAUGACUUGAACUCUUGGUGGUUCAGACGGCCAGACUUCUCUUUGUCAAAGUGUCUACAAAGAAAUGGGUAAAGAUAAGGAUUUUGACCUUGACACACAAAGACCUAAUGCAGUCAGGAGAGAGCGACUUACUUGAACAUCAUACUGAAUUCCUUCAGAGCCUCUUCUGUCACUCCAGUGGUAUUUCUGAAAGAGGAAGGAUAAAAAGAAACAUGCAUUUCACGCAGCAACUGUAAACGCAGUAGAGUGUUUGAGAUUCACAUCACUUCAGUGACAUGCAGUUACUGUUGCACUGUAUACCUGGCCUGUAUCUGUUGUUCCAGGUUGUGCUGCAUCCUCAUUCCCAGUUGGUCCAAUUGGUCCCACUGCUGGGCCAAGCCCACUGUGCUAUGCUCUGUAUACUUAUUGUCCAAGAUCAGUGCCUCUUCCAUAGCUGCACCCAAGUCCUCAAUCUUCUUCAGCUGGCUGCGCAUGGCACGGAUCUCCUGGUGCUUACGCUGUGCACACACACACACACACACCCCUCAAUAAAAGCUGCAAACAACUGUG